UCUCUCUCUCGAAAGUGGCACUUCAACUGGCUAUAAGAGCAGUUUCAGCACCUUCGGGGGAGACAGAUAAAGUGAACGCAGCGCCGGGUCACGGUGGAAUGGUUCAGAGAUUAAUCACAGAACUCAUCGGGGUGCCGCAGCGGCGCGCGCUGACAUUUCCAGCCUUUACUACCGCACACCGACCGACUGGAGGACAUCAGCAACAGUUAAUGAAAGAAGAAACAAGGAUGAGGAUAGACUGUCAGACCACGUUCACACCCUCCUCAUCUUCUCCGGUCUGCUUUACUUUGGCUUUCGGUUCUGUCGGUGUCGCAUGAAGCUAGGAAAAAGGAGAAAAGGCUUUUUAACUUCACCUCCAAAAGUGGAUGUAAUCGACAGCUGUCAGAUUUUAAUACCCACACCUCGGAGCGAGCCCAUGGACCUAAGUGUGACACACAGGUUGUUGCAUCAAGGCCCAGAGUCGGCCAUGUUGGCCCCUCAGCCUUACUUCUUUGGACGUCUCACCAAUGAGCAUUCCUUUCAUUCCCAGCAGCACUUGCAGUAUAACACGGACCAGAGGCAACGAGAGAUGGAGAAGAGGGAAGAGCUUCAACAGCUGAUACUGAAAAGUAAAAAUGAGCAGAGUGCUAUAGCCAGUCCACAUGUGAGGCAGAAACUUCGGGAACAUAUAAUCAUGAAGAACCAGCCUCCCACCCCCAGUAGUACCCCCCCUGGAUACAGGCUACCGGGUCCUGACAUUUCCUCAAAGCCUCAACCUACACCCUGUGACCAGCGCAAAGACCUCGCCUUGCGGAGAACAGUCUCCGAGCCCACACUGAAGUGGAGGAUAAGGAAAAUCAUUGCCGCAAGGCCAAACCCACUGCAGCGAAAGUCCAGCGCGCCUCCUGAUGUCAAGCACCGGACAGAGACGCUAGACUCUUCCCCAAGCAGCAGCACUUCAGCGUCAGCGUGCAGCUCCCCAAAUGACAGCCUCAUUUCAGACAGCAGCUCCCUCACGCUGACCUCUGAGUCCAAGGGCUUGCUGUUGAAGAAUGGUAAUUUAUCACACUUCAUCCGGCACAACCCCACUGCCAUGCACAACAUUACUGCUGGACUUCCUGCUCAGGCUGACUUUCGAGGAGCAAAGCCGAUGACUGUAUCGGCUCUGCCACCCGUCUACCUACCUCUGGAGGGAAGUGCUCCAUCUUUGUCUCAACGCCUGCAGCCAGUGAUCCUAAUGGAACCGCAUGCAGUGCUGCUGCCCAACAAGUUUGUCCCUGUUCACGGUCUAAGUUCCAUUCAUCAGCAGCAUCCUCACCUGUCCUCCCCCUCCAGAAGAGAGAGCUCAGCCUCCUUACCCUCUCACCAACCUGUAGAGCGAACCCAUUCUGCACCGCUACCCUACAACCAUUCGGUGCUCCGCCUGCACGCAAGUCACCCCCUCCACACCCAGCACCAUUUGCACCACCUGUACCUUAAGAGUGGACUGGACAGGUCCAAGCUGAAUUCACACCUGAGCAAGGCCCGUCUGACACAGAUCCCAUCAGAGGACAUGGACCUGGAGGAGACCGGUUCAGCAUCAGGAACGGGAUCUUUGUGUGGCUCAGAACUUGGCUCCCUGUGUGAGGACGGCCACAACAGGAGACAGAGCAAUGCCAGCACAGACUCGUUCUACGGCACAGAGUCCAACGCCUCGUCCCGGGAGAGCUUGCUCGACACGUCACAUCUCCUCAGUCAGAGGCAGGCCAUCCUUAGACCAGGUCUCCAGACAGACACACUGGGUGUCCCUUCCUUAUAUUGGCCCCACCAGUCUCACCAGCGGGUGAUUCGGACCCGGUCCUUACCAACAUCCAUCUCCCUGCCUCCUACGUCCUAUGUUCCCACCAUACCGUCUCUGUCGCUGUCCAGCAGCACCGCUGCAGACAAACUGUGUUUCACAACAGGUUUGGCUUAUGAUUCUCAGAUGCUGAAGCACCAGUGUGUCUGUGAAGACAACAGCCGCCACCCCGAGCAUGCUGGGAGGAUUCAGAGCAUCUGGUCCAGACUGCAGGAAAGAGAGCUUACGAGCCAGUGUGAGUUGAUCAGCAGCAGAAAGGCCACCCAUGAAGAGCUGCUGUCGGUCCAUUCAGAGAACCACGUGUCAAUGUUUGGAAACAAGCUGGAUAACCGCAGGCUUGCUGGUAAAGCAAAAAACGGACGUCGCCUCUUUGUGGAGUUACCAUGUGGAGGUGUUGGGGUAGACACUGAUACGGUCUGGAGCGACCAACACACAGCAGUCGCUUCUCAGAUAGCUGCAGGGUGUGUGACAGACCUGGCACUGAAGGUGGCACAGAGAGAGCUGAAGAAUGGCUUUGCUGUAGUGAGGCCCCCUGGACACCAUGCAACCCAUUCUUCCCCCCUGGGCUUCUGUUACUUCAAUUCUGUGGCGAUCGCAGCCAAGCAGCUCCAGCACAAACUCAAUGUCAGCAAGAUCCUGAUCGUAGACUGGGAUGUGCAUCACGGUAACGGCACACAGGAUGCUUUCUACGAUGACCCUAGCGUGCUGUACAUCUCUCUGCAUCGUUAUGACAACGGCAAUUUUUUUCCUGGUAGUGGAGAUCCAGUCGAGGUGGGUGCAUAUGAAGGCAGAGGCUUCAAUGUGAAUGUCGGGUGGACUGGAGGCCUGAAUCCUCCUAUGGGUGAUGCAGAAUACCUGGCUGCAUUCAGAGCCGUGGUGAUGCCCAUUGCCCAUGAGUUCUCCCCCGACGUGGUGCUGGUGUCGGCCGGCUUCGAUGCUGUUGAAGGACAUCCACCUUCGCUGGGAGGAUACAAGGUCACGGCCAAGUGCUUCGGUUUUUUGACUCGUCAGCUGAUGUCACUAGCCGGAGGCCGGGUUGUCCUCGCUCUAGAGGGGGGCCACGAUCUCAAAGCCAUCUGCGACGCAUCUGAAGCCUGUGUCAGCGCCUUGCUGGGCAUGGAGGUGGAGCCGCUGUCCCAGUCCGUGUUGGACCAGAAGCCGUGUGAAAACGCCGUGCGUUCUCUGCAGAGAGUCAUCCAGAUUCAGGGUGAGUUCUGGCAGAGCGUGAGGGGUUCAGCCUGCACCGUGGAUCUGUCCUACCUCCAAGCACAGAGACACAGACUCAGACGAGACUCGGACAGCGAGGCCAUCAGUGCCAUCGCUUCUCUGUCCAUGGUAUCAGAAAGGAGACAGACUUAAAUGAUGUGGGAGGAAAAGAUGCAGUCUAAAGGAAGCCUUUAAACUCUGUGCAAACACACACACACACACACACACAGCCACGUGUAAAACGCAGUUGGAUCACCACUGGAAGCAGAUGUCACCUUGCAACACCUCCCGCUUCAGCACUGGCUGCUCUCUGGUUCAGACACACUCCGAGGAACAGAUGAGCCACAUUCACAUUCUCAUCACAUCCCUGCAGGCUCUUCCUGAAGAAGACUCCAGUCCUGCAUCCCAGAGACAAUUUUCAUAAAACGUCCCUGAAGCAGAGUAAAGACGAAUCCGUGGUGGCAGCGGGUGCAACAUGUAGCAGGAACAAACGAACUCUUUGAGGGGACGUGAACAGAACCACUCUUUAGCUUUAACGGUGGAGCGGAGCCAAAGUGGACAACGGCAGGUUCUCCACACCUCAAAGAAAUAAAUCCUGCCGUCUUUCAACGUGUGACAAAAAUCCAAUGAAGGAAAAAAAGAUUAUUUUUUAUCUAUCAUGUUGCACUGUAUUUUCUUCCAGCUCAGUUGACAGUCAAACGUUUUGUUUGAUCUUGGUUUUAUGGGUUUUUUCUUUGAAUGUCAGUAUAUGCUUAAGAAUCCAGAGAGAGGCUACAUUCAAGUCUGAGAUGCAUAUGUUUCAUAUUGUUUUUAUUUCCACAUAUUUUCUCAAAUCUCUUUUACUUUUUCUUCCUCUGCCUGUCAGGCGAGCGCACGCAGCCCGUUUAGCUCAGACGGCUGCGCUGAUUGGUGGCAGAUUAAAGCAGAAACACUCACAAAGUGCAUCUUCAACAUGUCGACUUACUGUAAUUAGUUUGGGUGGCCUUAGUCACAGUAAAUGGGUGAUACCUCUACUCGCUGGGGCGUCAAAGCAACGGGAGUUGAAACAAACCAGAUCACCCACGACGCCUCGGUGCCUCGUGACCACUCACUGAUGAUUGUAUCUGUGAAAAUGCAGACCAGCUCUGGAGAUUCAGGAUGAGCCCUACAUCUGACAAUCACACACAAGGUGCACUUACACCUUGGGAAGUAGACCCGUGUUCCUUCCUGUGGGAGAGCAUUCCUACUGUCUCUCUGUUUAGUGUUAAACAAGAACGAUCUGAUUGUGUUUUUAUUCCGUUUCUGAAUGGCUGAGCUGUUUUACUGCCCAGACCAACCGAUAGCAUUUAGCAGCUAGAGGAUGGGGCAACGGAAGCUGAACACACAGUGGAUCGGAUCCACACGCCGCCACUGGACCCGGUGUGGUUUAUGAGAGCAAUGUGCCGUCCGUGGCCUGGAAUGGCCUGAAGGACUUCAAAGACUUAGCAAAUGUUUCUUUUCUCGUUCCAGUCGGAAAGCAUCAAAAUCUCAGAUUUAUAAACAAAUUCAUUUGACGUUACGCAUAUUUAUAUUUCCAUAUUUCUUAUGUCUUUGAAGUUGUUUCUGCGUGUCUAACUCAGUGGAGACGGUGCUAACGCAGAAUGUUCUCUGCCACCACUCCAAACCUCUCAAUACUUAUUCAAGUUCUAAAAAUGUGAAGUCACGUGGCGCUGUGCAGCAAUAACAACCUUUAUGUCUUAUUUUAAUGUCUUAAUGAAUGCAAAGAUCUUUUUAUAUAUAUUUGAUGUCUAAAAUAAAGCCUACAGACCAAAUUGUCCAUUGAUCGUCACACUGACCAGCCUGAGUUCAGGCAGCCUUAACAGUUUAAACUUCAGGCCAAGUCCGGUUAGUUAGAAUUUGUUCCUGUACAGUGUACAUAUGUACUGUUUUUUCUCUGCUUUUUAUUACUUUUCUGUUUUCAAUCUUUAAUAAACAUAAAUUAUCUACAUCA